AUGGGGACCUCAAAGAAGAACCUGAAAGCGACCAAGAAGUUCGAGAAGAACCAUCUUAAGGGCGUCCUUGAGAAAAGGAAGACGGUCGCCAAGAUCAAGCAGCGACAGCAAGUCAAGGACAAGAAGAAGGCCAAGCGAUCGCAGGAUGACGAAUUCUUCAAGGGGCCUGGCGGCGAUGGCGAGAAGAAGGUUGUCAGCAAGAAGCCGGGCGCAAAGACGAAUGAGAUGAGCGUCGACGACUUCUUCAAGGGCGGCUUCGAAAUCCUCGAUACCAAGUCCAAGGACAAGACCAAAUCUUCCCCAAAGCUGGGAAAGCGCAAGCGGGGCGAGCCCAACGCUCAAGAAGAUGGGACAGAAGAGAGCGGUAGUGAACCCGAGAUCUCGGACAACGACGAGCCCGUGGGCAGCGACAGCGAGCCCGACGCCGACGACAUCAGCGAUGCAGAAGACCUGGGCAUGUCCAAGAGCGCCAUGGACGCGCUCGCGGAAAACGACCCGGAUUUCUACAAGUUCCUGAAGGAGAACGACCCGGAGGCGUUAGAUUUCGACGAAAACGCAGAUCUUGCCGAGGUCGACGAGCUCAGUGGCAGCGAAGAUGAAGAUGAACAACCAAAGAAGAAACAGAAAAAAGACAAGAAGGCUACCAAGGAAGAGGAAGGAGACGACAGGGAGCUCACACAAGCAAUGGUUGCGAAGUGGAAGGCUUCAAUGGAUGCGACACGCUCCCUCAGGACCGCCCGCCAAGUUGUGAUCGCCUUCCGCUGCGCAGCACACCUGAACGAGGCCGACGAGGAGAACCCACAACGGUACAGCAUCACAAGCCCAGAGGCAUUCCAUGAUAUUGUUGUUGUUGCGCUCAAAGGGAUCCCCGACGUCCUCCAACACCAUGUCCCAGUUAAGGAAUCGGCUGCUGGCAAGGUAUAUGUCCAAACCGAGGGGAAGAAGUUCAAGACACUGUCGAUUCUCAUCAAGAGUUUUGCCGCCUCCAUUAUUCGGCUGCUUGGCACAUUAUCCGAUGAGGCAACGCUCAAACUCACAUUAUCGGCGCUGCAACCGCUUCUACCAUACCUCCUUUCCUUCAGGAAAGUUCUCAAGAUGCUCAUAAAAACCGUCGUUGCCUUCUGGUCCCAGUCUGCCAGCUCCGACACCACUAGGAUAACAGCUUUCCUAGUGAUCCGCCGACUCGUGGUCAUCGGCGACAAGGCCGUCAGAGAAGUCGUCCUAAAAGCCGCCUAUCAAGGCCUGAACUCGGCUGCCGAGCUCUGGGGCCUCGACCAGAGCUUAGGCUACACAACGGCCUUCGCUUCGAUCCGCCAGCUUGCCAUCCACCUCCGGAACAGUAUUGUCAACAACAAGAAUGACUCGUACCGCUCCGUCUACAACUGGCAAUACGUGCACUCACUCGACUUCUGGUCGUGCGUCCUCUCGGAGCACUGCAGCCCUCUCAAAGAAGCCGAGGCCGGCAAAGAAAGCCAGCUCAAGCUCCUCAUUUACCCGCUCGUCCAAGUCACCCUCGGCGCGAUGCGCCUCAUCCCCACCGCGCUCUACUUCCCGCUCCGCUUCCAGCUCAUCCGCUCGCUCCUCCGCCUCUCGCGCGCGACCGACACCUACAUCCCACUCGCGUCGGCGUUACUCGAGGUGCUCAGCUCAGCCGAGAUGAAGAAGCCGCCCAAGUCGUCGACGCUCCGGCCGCUCGACUUCGCCGUCGCCUACAAGGCGCCCAAGUCGUACCUGCGCACGCGCGUCUACCAGGACGGCGUCGGCGACCAGGUGGUCGAGCUGCUGGCCGAGUUCUUCGUGCUCUGGGCGCGCAGCGUCGCCUUCCCCGAGUUCGCCCUCCCCGUCGUCAUCAGCCUCAAGCGCUGGCUCAAGGAGAGCCGCAAGCCCGGCCGCGGCAACAAGAACGGCAAGAUGGCCUCCGCCCUCGUCCUGCUCGUGCAGAAGCUCGAGGCCAACGCCAAGUUUGUCGAGGAGAAGCGCGCCAAGGUCGAGUUCGCCCCCAAGGACCGCGCCCAGGUCGACGCUUUCCUCAAGGACCUGGAAUGGGAGCGCACGCCGCUCGGCGCGUUUGUGGUUUCGCAGCGGAAGCUGAGGGCCGAGCGUCAACGGUUGGUGGAGGAGGCGCGCAAGGAGGAGGAUAAGAAGCGGAAGGAGGAGGAGAAGGAGGCGUUGGAUGGUCGUGAUGAGGGGGAGAGUGGGGCGGAUGAGGAUGAGGAUAUGGAGGGGAGUGACGAUGAAGAGGGAGAGGGGGAAAGUGAAGAGGAAGAGGAAGAAGAAGAAGAAGAGGAUGAAGAUGAGGAUGAGGAGGAAGAAGAGGAUGAGUAG